AUGCGUCUUUUGCCAACCCUUGCUACCGCGCUCCUGUUUUCAGUCAACGUGACAGGAGCCAGCCCUGCGGCUCCAUCGGCCGCAUCAGCCUCUGUCGCGCCUGUUGCGAACAAUGUGGAGGAAGCCGCGCCUACUACCUCGGCGACCCAGCAGCAGGCCAACGUAAACCAAGCUAAUGCCAAUGUUGUCAAUACCCCUGCUGCGGACCCCACUACAGCUGCUGCAAACGCCGCUAAUGUGAAUGGAGCCAACACUGCUGCUGCUGCUCCCAAGGAAGCGGAUACUGCCUCUGCUGCUAAGGAGGAGGACACUGCCUCCGCUCAGAACAAUGCCGCCCCUACAACGACGGCGCAGGCCAACCCGGUUGAAUCUCUUGUUGGCGGCGUUGAGACUGCUCUAGGCGGCGGUGCAUCUGCAUCCAGCGCUGCUGGCACCGCUACCAAGGCGGCUAAUUCUGCCGCUGAGACAACCUCUGCUGCCUCUUCCUCUAGCACCUCAUCUACCAAGUCCACUGAUAGCUCAUCUAGCUCAUCGGAUAACAUUCUGCAAGGCUUGGAAAGCACACUCUCCGGUCUGCUUGGUGGUGGUAGCAGUGGUGGUGGUCUGGGUGAUCUAAUUGCUGGCCUCGAAGGUCUUCUUUCGCCGGGCUUUUUGAAGUCCGUCACCGACACUUUCACCUUCCUCUCCACCAGUUUGGCCCCACCGGUCGACAAUGACAUUCGAAGCUUGGUUGCCAAUGCCAACAGCCUUCUGACUUCGGACUUCGCCCAGAAGGUCGGUGGCCUCAUUGACAAUGCCAAUAACCUCUUGACCACGAAGAAUACCCAGGAGAUUAUGACCCUGAUCAACAACGCCAACACCUUGCUCACUGCCAACUUUGUCAAAGAGACCAACAACCUCAUCGGAAAGGCCAGCCCUCUCAUCGACCAGGCCAGCGGUCUUCUUACCGCAGACAACGUCAAGGGGAUCGAGUCGCUUUUGUCCAACGCCAACAAGCUGCUUACUCCAAGCUUCAUCGACACUACCGGCAAGCUCAUCAGCCAGGCUGGUCCGCUUAUCACCAAGGCUGGCCCUCUCAUCGACCAGGCCAGCGGUCUUCUCACCGAGGGCAAUGUCAAGGGGAUCGAGUCGCUCUUGUCGAACGCGAACAAACUGCUCACCCCAAGCUUCAUCGAUACUACCGGCAAGCUCAUCAACCAGGCCGGUCCACUUAUCAGCAAGGCUGGUCCCCUUAUCACCCAGGCCGCGGGUCUUCUCACCGAGGGCAAUGUCAACCAGAUCGAGUCACUCCUGUCGAACGCGAACAAGCUGCUUACCCCAAGCUUCAUCGAUACCACCGGCAAGCUCAUCAACCAGGCCGGUCCACUUAUCAGCAAGGCUGGUCCCCUUAUCACCCAGGCCGCGGGUCUCCUCACCGAGGGCAACGUCAACCAGAUCGAGUCACUCCUGUCGAACGCGAACAAGCUGCUUACCCCAAGCUUCAUCGAUACUACCGGCAAGCUCAUCAACCAGGCCGGUCCGCUUAUCAGCCAGGCCGGUCCGCUUAUCACCAAGGCUGGCCCUCUUAUCACCCAGGCCAGCGGCCUUCUCACCGAGGGCAAUGUCAAGGAAAUCGAGACCCUGCUGGGCAAUGCCAACGAUCUGCUCACCGGCAGCUUCGUGAACCAAACUUCCCUCCUGAUCGAGGAAGCCAGCAGUCUCUUGGACCCGGCGACCAUCACCGACCUCAAAGAUCUUAUCAGCCAGGUCUCUCCUCUGUUGCCCGAGCUCAAGGGCCUUCUCAAGCCGGCUCUUAUCAACGAAAUCGAGAAUGUUCUGAGCAACGCCAACAAGCUGCUUACCGACGACUUCGUCAAAGAGACUACCAGCCUCGUCAGCGAGGCCGACAGCCUCCUGACUCCCGAGCUCACCUCCAGCUUGAAGUCUAUUCUCAGCGCCGUCAUUCCUCUGCUCCCCGAGCUCAAGUCGCUAUUGACCAAGGGAAUGAUCUCUUCCAUCGAGAACCUUCUCGGCAACGCUGAGAACUUGCUGACACCAAAGUUCGUCAACGAGACCAUGAGCUUGGUCAGCGAAGCCGACAACCUUUUGACUCCCGACCUCACUUCUGGCUUGAAGUCUAUUCUCAGCGCCGUCACUCCUCUGCUUCCCGAGAUCAAGUCGCUCUUGACCAAGAACACCGUAGAGGCCAUCGGAUCUUUGCUGACAAACGCCAACAACCUCCUGACCAAGAACACCGUAGGGGCCAUCGGAUCUCUGCUGACAAACGCCAACAACCUCCUGACCCCCAAGUUCGUCAACGAGACCACCGGCUUGAUCGACAGCGCCGACGACCUCUUGAGCCCCAACAUCGUCCACGGCCUCAAGGACCUCCUCGGAGACGUCAUUCCUCUGCUCCCCACCCUCCAGAAGUCCCUGCUGAACACCACCAUCAUCACCGACUUGGGCUACAUCGUGACAAACGCCACCAACCUGCUCACUCCCAGCUUCGUUCACGAGACCUCUGGCAUCAUCGACACCGCCGACGGCCUCCUGACCCCCUCGCUGGUCAGCACGCUCAAGGAAGUCCUUGGAUACCUGCCCGAUAUCAUGCCCGAAGUCAAGAAGCUUCUUGUGCCAUCAACCAUUUCGGAACUUGGCUCGCUCUUGGACAACGCCCAUGAUCUCCUUACUCCUAAGUUCGUCAAUGAGACAACACUCCUGAUCGACGAUGUAACAGGCUUCUUGCCUUUGAUCCAGGAAUUGCUCAAGGCGCUGUGA